UCAACAUGAUUUUUGUCAUCAUUGUAUAACAUAGCGGGUACCCCCCAAACAUCUGUACUUGGCCUUAUCUCCACCUCCUCCUCCUCCCCUUCUUAAACCUCCCCCUCACCGUAUGGGAAUGUCCUUGGAACAUUUUUGUCAAUUUUUCAAUUCAGAGAUUAAUUCUGAUGUGGAAAGAUCAGCAGGGACAACAUGACAACAUAUACCGACAAAGGCGAGAAGCAUGAGCAAGGACAGUUCCUUUGCUUUGACCACGUGACAUUCUGGGUUGGGAAUGCAAAACAGGCUGCGUCAUAUUACUGCAACAAACUGGGAUUCGAACCAUUUGCUUACCAAGGCUUGGAGACAGGCCGUCGAGAUGUAGUGUCCCAUGCAGUCAAACAAAGAAAGAUCAUAUAUGUUUUCUCAUCUGCUCUCAAUCCUGGAAACCAAGAGAUAGGCGCUCAUUUAGUAAAGCAUGGGGAUGGUGUGAAAGAUGUUGCAUUUGCGGUGGAGAACUGUGACUUCUUGGUGCAGAAAGCCAAAGAGCGAGGAGCUACGAUUGUAAAAGAGCCCUACACCCUGGAGGACAAGCAUGGUAAAGUCAGACUUGCUGUGCUGCAAACAUACGGUGACACCACUCACACAUUUGUGGAGAGAGCAGGAUAUAGGGGGCUGUUUCUGCCAGGCUUCCAGCCACCUCUAUUUAAGGACCCCUUGUUACCCACCUUACCAGAGGGAAAACUGAGCUUCAUUGAUCACGUUGUGGGAAACCAACCAGAAGAGGAGAUGGUUUCAGUGGUGGAAUGGUACCGGAAGAACCUUCUUUUUCACCGCUUCUGGUCAGUGGACGACAAGCAGUUGCAAACAGAGUUCAGUGCCCUGCGCUCCAUUGUGGUGGCCAACUAUGAAGAGACUGUAAAGAUGCCCAUCAAUGAGCCUGCCAUAGGCAAGAGGAAGUCUCAAAUUCAGGAGUAUGUGGAGUACUACGGAGGUGCUGGCGUGCAGCACAUUGCCAUGAACACAUCAGAUAUUAUAACAGCAAUCCGCAACCUAAAACAGCGUGGAGCAGAGUUUAUGUCGGUGCCCGACACAUACUACAACCAACUGAGGGAAAACUUAAAACACUCCAAGGUGAAAAUUGCAGAAGACCUGGAUGUCCUGCAGGAGCUGAAGAUCCUGGUGGACUAUGAUGACAAUGGCUACUUACUUCAGAUCUUUACCAAGCCAGUUCAGGACCGGCCCACUGUCUUCUUGGAAGUCAUUCAAAGACAUAAUCACCAGGGCUUUGGUGCGGGAAACUUCAAAUCUCUUUUUGAAGCCAUCGAAGCGGACCAACAUGCCAGAGGAAAUCUGACCGUUCUCAUACCCAAUGGUGUGUCCAAGAGUAUGUGAGCCUAGAUUUAUAUUUGUGGGCCUUCAAACAAUCUAAUGUAAAAUCUAUGACCAAUUCUGGCUGUUAAAUAUAUUGUACAAGUAAGGUAGAGAACCAAACACACAUGCAGUUACUUACUUGACUCUUUCAAGCCUAUUGUUUGAUUACAAUUUCGUGUUUACUCAUUUGUAAUGUUUCAUUUUUUAACAAAUUUACACGAAGCUCAAGUCAAGGAAAACAAAUUUCAAUUUGAAGUUCUCAUAACUGAAAAUGUGUGCUAUACUUUGCAUAAUAAAUUGAUAAUUCAUAGUA